AUGAUUAACCAUUUGUCGACGAAACGGUUAUGUGUGUGGGUCUUUUUGCUCCUCACCUUGUGUAGAGACCGAAAGAGCGGCGUCAGUGGGAAAAGCGAGAGGAUCAGCACCCCCAACAACCGGAGUGACCCCAACAAGCCCAGUUACCCCAUCGACCGCGGUACGGAUGAACCGUUCAGCAAGUACAUAGGGAAGGGGUACGACAUCCUGUUCGGCUACCCACUGCCAAACAACGAGCUUGUGGAAGACCCAGGAUUUAGAAAAGAAAUAUUUGACACGAGAAAUUCUCUGGACAUCAUCAGCCAAAUUGCCUGUCAUCGAGACGAAUAUUUCAGCUUCCUCGAAGGGAUCAAUAAUGUUACUCACUUAGCCAUGGAUAAUAUAAACGUUGAAGAUUUGAAUACCAGUAUAAUUCCCUUUUCUGCCUCCAUGCCAUACAGAAACUACUUUUCCGAAUUAGAAAUAGGAAGAAAGAAAUACCUAGUUGCACAGAACAGCUGUGUGCACAAAUACGUAACGUACAACUUAAGAGAUUCCACUACGCAUAUUAGUAGAGAGUUCUUACGGGAGACAGAGAAAUUGCCCAUUUUGGAAAAGAAGGCGAAUGAACAGGAAUGCCUGGAUAGGAGUGACCUGCACAGUGCUACGAACGAACAGUGCGCAGGAAGCAUAAAAACGUGGAUUGAUUUUUUCCAGAAAUAUGGAACCCACUUAGUUGUGUCUGCGCACUUUGGGGGGCGAUCCUUUAACUCGUUGGAAGUUUCUGGGCGCACGAUGGAAGAGGCGAAGAUAUACAGCUAUAAGUACGCCCUCGGGAACGUCCCCAACUUGGACGUAUUUAAGGCGGUAUGGCUGCUGCAGCGGGGUCCCAAACGGGGGGGUACAGAAGGAAGCGUAGAUAGCGCUGGAGACCAUAUUUUUAAGCAGCAGCAUAACCAGCUAACUGAUGAUCCGCUUAACGAGCCUCCCCCCACGCGGGAGGACGCCCUGGGCGAGAAACCCCCCAGCCUGGACAUCCGCGGGGGAAACCAAACGUACGACGGGUGGAACCAACUGACGUACACAGUCUGGAAGGAAUCAAUUUAUACCAACCUGCUUCCAGUUCACCUAGACUUAAUUUCAUUGAGCUCCUUCAUGCGUAUGGAAAAAAAGGAAUCAUACGAUAAGGCGCUGAUUUACUACAACAGCCUCUACGGCAUGGACAAGGAAAAGUACUACCUCUCACAAGACAUUACAGAUGUGCUCGCUGAUGGGAAGCAAAUAACAGGAUCGGCCAAAGGUUCGCUCGUUUUAAGUUGCCCUGUUGGAUAUGUUAAGAGUACUGGGUUUAUCCUCACCUAUGACACGUCCGAGAGGGCAAAGGGGGAUAGAGCCAAGGGAAGAGACGCAACCAAGAGGAGAGGAGCAUCGAAGGGAAGAGACGCAGCCAAGGGAAGAGAAGCAGCUAAGGGAAGAGACGCAGCCGAUGGAAAAGACACAACCAACGGAAGAGACGCAGCGAAGAUCCGUGUGUACCCCUGCCUCAACAAGGCAGAGUACGACAUUUCAUGCUCCCACAUAAAUGAAAGCGAUUCUGUUAUUUCCUUCGGAUGGCUCUAUUGCGUGAAGUACAGUUUUGUGAAAUUCGAAACGUUUCAUGCAAAUGGGGGUGACGCAUCAGGGGAAACAUCGCUAGAGGGUAAGUGCUCAGAGGGAAGUAGCAUAGCCUUCGGGUUUAAGAUGAAGUUGGAAAAAGAUAAAAAUUUUUCCAGCGUGAAAGUGAAGGCAUGCCCCGUCGGUGAAUCCAAAUGUGCAAUUAGUCAUACCAAGGCCAAUUCUGAUUACCUACUGUGGGGGUUCUGCGCCCCGCUAUCGUUUCACAGCACGAGCUCAUUGCAGGUGACAUACAUUGAAGAGUCGAAAGCGAUGACAGAUGUGCAGGGUGUUUGUUCGGAUGUUCACAAAAAUAAAUACGAUAACAUAUUCCUCGGGUUUUCCUUCUCCUUUGACAAUGAAAUGGGGCGUAUUGACGUGUCUCCUUGCCCGAUGAAGACCAAGUACUGUGUCCACAAAGUGGGCGGAAGGGGGGCGAAGAGGUACGCGGGCAUGUUCCUGCUAUGCAGGAAUGACGGUGGCACCCGGAGGAAGUUUUCUUCUCCCACGAGGUUGGCGCUGUGA